GGCGACCCGGCGUUCCCGGCUUUCUUCCCAGCUGCUCCCGCUCACUCUGCUCCCUUCCUUUCCCGGACUCUUCCGGCCGCCUCACCCUGCCCACCGGCCCGGGUCGGGACUACACGCUGGGUGCCCAGGCCGUGGGACCGAAAUUCUUAGUGGUAACCGCGAGAGGAGGGAACAGAAGCCAGGCAAACUGGAGAAAACUGCUCUGAUCUGACUUGGCUUCAACCAGGAGCUGACGCUGCAUAGUAAUAACCAGCUUUUACUAAGCUCUCUCACAGCUUCCCAAGAACAGCAGGAAUUGACUCCAGGCCCAUUCUCCAUCAGCUGCUGGCUACACUUACAUAAGGUGUUUCUGUCUAGUGGUGACCAUAGGGCCAAGCUCUACCCAGUGUCUUCAUUCUCUAUGGUACACUGACCCAGAAGAUUUUGCAACCCUGGCCCAUCACUUACUUACCUUGAAACGGCCCUUGGCCAUUUUUUGUAAGAGAAAUGUCAGAAAGCAUCCCAGGUUCUGAUAUUCCGACACACCUGGGUCUUCUGCUGGAGCGAUGACCUCAUGACCAGGUUGAUAGACAGUGCUGCUUGUGUCUGUGACACAGAGCUUUGGCUGCUCAUACUGAAGCACGAUGCUCCAGCAGGUGAAUGGCCACAGUUCAGGCACUGAUGCCGAAGGCAAGGCAUCCCUCAAGGGAGACCUACAGCAGUUCCUGGAUGGGGAGGCCCCACUCCACCAGCUGGAUGACCUCACCAAGGUGAAUCCUGUGACACUGGAAACAGUCCUGAGGUGCUUGCAGGCCCGGUACACAGAAGACAUAUUCUAUACCAAUGCUGGCUGUACCCUGGUAGCUCUGAACCCCUUCAAGCCCAUCCCUCAACUCUAUGCACCAGAGCUGAUGCAAGAGUACCAUGCUGCGCCUCAGCCUCAGAAACUGAAACCCCACAUCUUCACAGUGGGUGAACAGACCUACAGGAAUGUCAAGAGCCUGAUUAAGCCAAUCAACCAAUCCAUUGUGGUCAGUGGAGAAAGUGGAGCUGGAAAGACAUGGACAUCCCGCUGCCUGAUGAAGUUCUAUGCUGUGGUAGCUUCCUCAUCUGCUUCCUGUGAGAACCACAAGAUGGCAGAGAGGAUUGAACAGCGGAUCCUGAACUCCAACCCUGUUAUGGAAGCAUUUGGGAACGCGUGCACACUGAGGAAUAACAACAGCAGUCGCUUUGGGAAGUUCAUCCAGCUCCAGCUGAACAGAGCCCAGCAGAUGACGGGAGCUGCGGUCCAGACCUACCUCCUGGAGAAAACGCGUGUGGCUUGUCAGGCCUCCAAUGAGAGGAACUUCCACAUCUUCUACCAGAUUUGCAAAGGAGCCACCAAGGAUGAAAGGCUCCAGUGGUACCUCCCUGAGGGAGCUGCCUUCUCCUGGCUACCCAAUCCAGAAAACAACUUGGAAGAGGAUUGUUUCGAGUUGACCAGAGAGGCCAUGCUCCAUUUGGGCAUCGACACCCCCACCCAGAACAACAUCUUUAAGGACUUCAAGCCUCACAGGACCAUAUCCAAGGAGCUGGCCAUCACUGUCCUAGCUGGACUACUGCACCUUGGCAAUGUCCAUUUUACUGACUCAGAAGAUGAAGCCCAGCCCUGCCAACUAAUGGAUGGUACCAAGGUCUCUGUCAGGACAUCAGCCUCACUGCUGCACCUCCAAGAGGACUUGCUGCUGGAGACUAUGCAGAUUCGAACCAUCAAGGCAGGCAAGCAGCAGCAGGUAUUCCGGAAGCCCUGCUCCCGAGCUGAGUGUGACACCCGCAGAGACUGUCUGGCCAAACUGAUCUAUGCACGGCUUUUCAACUGGCUGGUAUCAGUGAUCAACAGCAGCAUCUGUGCAGACUCCAGCUCGUGGACUGCCUUCAUAGGUCUGCUAGAUGUGUAUGGGUUUGAGUCAUUCCCUGACAACAGUCUGGAACAGUUGUGCAUCAACUAUGCCAAUGAGAAGCUACAGCAGCACUUUGUGGCUCACUACCUCAAGGCCCAGCAGGAGGAAUAUGCAGUUGAGGGACUGGAGUGGUCAUUUGUCAACUACCAAGACAACCAGACCUGUUUAGAUCUCCUGGAGGGGAGCCCCAUCAGCAUCUGUUCCCUCAUAAAUGAGGAAUGCCGCCUCAAUCGGCCGAGCAGUGCAGCACAACUACAGUCACGCAUCGAGAGUGCUCUGGCAGGCAAGCCCUGCCUCGGCCAUAAUAAGCUCAGCCGGGAGCCCAGCUUUGUGGUUGUGCAUUUUGCAGGACCUGUACGGUACCACACGGAAGGCCUGGUGGAAAAGAACAAGGACCCUGUUCCCCCUGAACUGACUGGACUCCUGCAGCAGUCCCAAGACCCUCUGCUCAUGAUGCUAUUUCCUGAUAACCCUGAAGAGAAGACCCAGGAGGAGCUGUCUGGCCAGAGCAGGGUUCCUGCAUUGACUGUGGUGUCCAAGUUCAAGGCCUCACUGGAACAGCUCCUGCAGGUCCUACAUAGCACAACACCCCACUACAUUCGCUGUAUCAAGCCCAACAGCCAGAGUAAGCCACAGACCUUCCUCCAGAAAGAGGUCCUGAGCCAGUUGGAGGCCUGUGGCCUUGUGGAGACCAUCCACAUCAGUGCUGCUGGCUUUCCCAUCCGGGUAUCUCACCAGAACUUUGUGGAACGAUAUAAACUGCUGAGAAGGCUCCGACCUCGCACGUCCUCUGGCCUCCAGGGCCUGUGUCCUGCCAGAGGGCCCUCUGAGCAGCCUCUGUGUGCCAAGGAUGCCACGCUGCAACCCCCACUACAGGACAUUCUCCAUGCUCUGCCAGCUUUAAUUCAGACAGCAACCACUCCCAGUGACCCAGCUGAGACCACACAAGUCCCACUGUACUGUGGCAGGACAAAGAUUUUCAUGACUGACUCCAUGCUAGAGCUUCUGGAAUGUGGGCGUGCCCAAAUGUUGGAGCAGUGUGCCCGCUGCAUCCAGUGUGGCUGGAGGCGGCACCAGCUCCAAAAGCAGAAGAAACAGAGGCAGGCCGCAGUGCUCAUUCAGGCAGCUAUUCGGUCCUGGUUAACUCGGAAACACAUCCAAAGGUUACACAUAGCUGCCACAGUCAUCAAGCGUGCAUGGCAUAAGUGGAGAAUCAGAAUGGCCUGUCUUGCCGCUAAAGAACUGGAUGGUAUGGAGGAGAAACCCAUGACUCAAACUCCCAGUUCCCUGAGUUCCUCGCUGCCCCCAGCACACACUAACCUACUGGGGGCAAUAAUCCACCUCUGGCCCCUGGGACUGGUGCUAGCCAACUCAGCUGUGGGUGUGCGGGGCUUUCAGAGGAAACUGGUGGCCUAUGCCUGCCUCCGGCUUCCCUCGAGCAGCCCCAGCAACAACAUCCAGACAGCACAAGAUCAGGCUGGAAUCACAUCCAUAAGAGCACUGCCUCAGGGCUCCAUUAAGUUUCACUGCAGAAAGUCUCCACUUCAGUAUGCUGACAUCUGCCCUGAACCUUCAGCCUCUAGUGUUUCUGGUUUUAAUCAGAUUCUGCUAGAAAGAAACAGGCCAGUCCAAGUGUGAUUCUUCUACCCCCACCUGCCUACGUGAUCUUUAGUGCCUUUGUUUCUACAAGGCCAUUUCCUGCCAGCUGCCUUGCCAAAGACAUCUGAUCAACACACAACUGCCAAGCUAUUCCCACAGCGACUCUGACUGCACGCGCAAGCAACAGUUCCUGUCUGUGAGCCAGGGCUUGGCGGUCAGAGGACCAGCCAGCCAGGACUAUGGUUUUAGUACUGGCAGGAUCUGGGGGGUGACAGUUAACAAACCAGGAUUGGGGCCACAACGUCCCAGCUUACUGUAUUCAGGCUCAGCAGAUGUGGCUGUCCAUCCAGAAUGUUGUCACAACAGCAAGAUGGACACUAAGAGAUAGAUACUAAGUCAUCCACAAGCACUUUAAAGGGGCCAAAUCACCCUACAAUUGGCUCUAAUUUUGGCUGGGGAAGAACUUACAUAUAGUUCAUUAAGGAACAAUACUAUUUAAUAAACUGAUUUAUUUAAUGUAACCAA